GGCAAACGGCUACGUACCAGUUCGCUGCUGAGCGUUACCAGAGUAACACCGUCUCUUCUUUUUCUCUUACGAAAUUCUUAUCGCAUCAAAUGAUUUUAUUAUCGUGUUACGGGAUGAACGUUUAGCUGGUGAAAUCACAAUAGCUGCUUUAACCUUUGUAUUAAUGAAGUUCUAUGAAUUAAUAUAUAUCAAUGAUACGUCAGCUAUAAGUUAUUAAAUUAACGUUUAAGUUUAAUUGUCAAGACUUGAGUAACCGGUGCUGUAUUGAUAAGGUGUGACAUUAUCUUCAGAUCUAAGUAAAGUCGUCAAUUGUACUAAAAGCAUGAUCGUGGACAUGAAAGUUUGUGUAAUGGCUUUCCAAUAAUAAUAAUUUAGUCGAUUAUAUAUAUAUUUGAAAGAGCAUUCACAAUUUAAGCUAGUAUCGGGAAUUGGUUAGACUGCCAGGAUUUGAUAUUAGUAGAUAGAAACAAAACAAGGCUAACUAUUAUCGUUAAGAGAACGAUCAGUGAUAUAAAUAGUGCGUGGACGUUAUCGCCAAAUCGUAGAAUUGAAUACACAACGCCACGUGUACAGUGCCUUCCUCAAGUGCGAUAACAUUUUGCAAGGCAAUUCCACAAAAUUGAUGCAAUAAGUUUGAAACUGCGAUCACGCCAAUAAAUAGACAUGAAUCUACUUCUACUCUAUGGGUUCCUACUAGUGGGAGUUGGAAUGGCCAGUAUUGAGGACGUUAUGGUCCUAGGGGCUGGUUCGAUGCUUGUGAUGGACCAGGAAAUCCCAUUGAAACGUUGCCGGUACAACCGUGUCUAUUCUAUGCUUCAGGCACAAUGCUCCAAUCUUGGAUUGGAUGAGAUUCCAGGAAAUCUUCAAACUGAUAUCCAGGUUCUGGAUUUUUCUCUAAACAGAGUACGGGAAUUGACCAAUGAGAGCUUAUCACGUUAUAGUAGUUUAGCUUACCUGUACCUGGGGGAUAAUUUUAUCCAGACCAUAGAGAAAGGUGUAUUCUCAAAUUUGCGUUACCUCCAGGUGUUGGACCUGACGAAGAACGGUCUUCGUAACUUUCCUCAAUCCAUGUUUGAACUGCCAUACCUGAGGAAACUUUACUUGGCUAAGAACAACCUUCCGGACGAAGCUUUCCAGGCGGAAAUUAAGUCACCCAUCGAGUUUCUUCAGCUGUCCAAGAAUAAAUUGUCCAGGAUACCUAGGAUUGGUCCUCAGCCGUUCCUCACCAAUCUGAAUCUAUCCGAGAACGAAAUUCAGAUCGUUUCUGUCGACGACAUCGCCGGAUUCUGUAGUUUAAAGUUGCUCGACCUUACGAAGAAUCGAAUAAUAUUCGACACGCCCGACUGUGGCUGCUCUGAAUUUAAAUUAUGGACAGAGACUCGUGGCAUUCAAGUGAAACCGUCGUACAACUGUAGUCAAAUUUCUGAUAAAUGUUUGGCUAUGAGCUUCUCGAACAGGACCUUGGAACUGCGAGAAAAUUGUCUGGAUAUUAUCAAGAUUCAGGAAGAAACUAAAAAGGCACGAUCCACAUGGAUUCUCAUUGCUUCGUGUAUAGGGGCUUUCAUUUUCUGCGUGGUUAUAGCGCUAUGCUGUGUACACAGGAGGAACAAGAAACGACGUCAAAAACUCAAGGAGGAACAAAGACUGGCAGCCAACAAUGCAAAUACCGAAUUACUCAAUAGUAAUUUACAACCUGAACACACGUGAUAUACUAAGUAUCGUGGCUUGAUGGUAACAUUACUUUUAACGUCCAUACAGGAAGCGGAAACGCAGAAGGCUCUUUGCCGGAGGAAAUCCUCCGAGAUAUACCGUCUUACGAAGAGUGAAAAGAAGAGAGAGAUGAAGAGAAAGAUUCGGGACAAUUAAGAAACCAUUUCGUUCUUUUAAAUAGUCCAACAGAAGAUAUUCUGACAGUAUCAAGGUGAAAUUGCAAGUGUGGUGUUUGAAUCUGCCCGAUGAAACUGCGCAUGCGUCAACAGGACCUGACAAUCUAAAUACUCUUAAUGGUGAAAUUCAUGAAAUACUGAUUUUCAUACUUUUCUUAUUGAAACAUGUAUUAUACAUGUAUUAUUAAUGUUUGUUAUUAUUUUGUUUUUCUUUAUAUUAUUGUUUAAACUAACUAAUGGACGACAAAUGUUAGUUCCUAAUUUAUAAAAAUUAAUAUAUAUAUGAGGUAUAUGAAACUAUAUAUAUAGAUAUCCAGGGUCAAACUUUAUCCAACUUAUCAGCUAAAUUGGAUCUGGCCCAAUUGUUACGGCUUAUACGGUAUACUUUACGCACUACCGUAUUCUAUUCAAGAACUUUCGGUUGUAACUAUACGAACUCGUUUGGCUAGUCGGGGAAAAGAAGCAGACGUUGCGGUAUGUUGGUACAAUUUUAGAAUUUUAUUUCUACCGUUUAUUUUUUACCUGUAUAAUGUAAGUGGCUGGCCCUAUUUAAUACGAGAAGGAUGAAUGUUUGAUGGAUGCAUUCAAGAGGAGCACCAGCUGUCAGAAAUUCAUAAAUAAAGUGAUGCGAUCAAAAUUUCGAUCAAGAAUCAAUUCUUGUUCCUUGGACAUUCGUGUAUCCUUAUUUUUAUCUUGCACAUAUGGAUAUUAACUGCAUGAGUCAGACGAUGUAUAUUUACUUGAAAGAGACUCCGAAUUGCGAGAUGAGUUUAGUUACCAUGAGAAUAACUUUAAUGGUGGAAUAAGAGCGGUAAUACUUGUCAUUAGAUUUGAUAGUGAUUUUUGUUUUCCUUUUGUUUAGCUACAAGAAUACCGUACAGUUUUGCAUUUGUCUUAUUCUUAGAUUUUCUAUCCAUACAAAUUAUACUUAGGAGGCCUUUUCUUUUUACGUGACUGAAAUAUGAAUAUGCAUUGGCACAUUGUGUGUUUUUGAAUGAAAGAUCUUCGGCAAAAUACGUAAAGUACAUGAAUUACUAUUAUUGAUGCAUCACCAGAGACUACGUUGACACGUAAGGUUCUAUGUGGAAAAUUUAUGAUCGUAAGUUGCACACUUGAAUUUUUUUACAUGUAUAUGAAAUUUGAAAUAAAUGUUACUGCUUUA